CUUGUUCACUUCCGAAUAAGCGUUUAUUUCAUAUGUGAUGGAUGAUUUGUAUCCAAAGCUCUCUACUUAUGAGUUUGACUAUACAACUGAUAUCAACAAGAAGAUGCGUGUCCCAGAAAAACUUUCAUACGAUUCCGAUAAUUCAGCAACACUCAGUGAAGGUCAUGAUGUUUCUUUUCGCAACUAUCCAGUUGCAGAUUUAAAUGCCAAACGCUCAACAGAGUACGCCCUAGGAUAUAGUCCUGAUUUACUGAAGAACAGUGACAUUCGCUCGAAAUUAGUUUGCAAUGCCCAAGCUCAAGCUUCUUCUCAGUCGUCAGAUGGUUCAGCUAAGGCUAAUGCUUCUGCUGGAGUAUUCUGUGAAACUUCUAGUCAUCGAGCACAAGAACGCCUUCGUGUAUCAAGAUCUUCCUCCACUGGUAAUAACGAACACGUAUCUGUUGAUAAUCGUCUUAUAAGACUUGAAAAACGGAUAUCCCAUUUGGAAUUUCAACAAGCUCUCAUGAAAGGGGGAUUAACAGUGUAUAUAUUAUACCGCAUCAUAAGAUGGAUUAUAAAAAAUUCGUGAUAAACUUGUUAUAAUCAUCAUAAUCCCAAUGUAUUUUCGAACAAUCAUAUUUUCUUAAUAAGUUUAAUGUAAAUUUGAUGAUUACCUCCCUAUCUGUUUUUACUUCAAACAGUCUAGAUUACAUACAGUGCCGUCGCAUCUGCCAGCACAGUAGUGAAUCAUUGUAGGAUUUCUUUCAGUUAUCUUCUUGAUUUUAAAGAGAAAAAUCCACUAUCUUCCACAAAUAUUCUAUACAUACAUCAUCAGAGUGCAUUUAAUGUGUAUCACUCAUUUUAAAAUAUAUAAGUAUUAUUCUUGUUUUUAAAACUUUUGAUAUGUAGUUUAAUUUCUGUUCUGUUUUUUUUGACCAUUCAUUUUCGACAAAGAGUAUUGUUUUGUUCGGUAUUCUUCAUCAUAUAAACUUCGUGCCAAGCUCCUGUAUUAAUCAAAGGUUUUAAACUAUUGAUAGACACAAAAAUAGACGCUUCACUUGAUAAUGAUAUCAAAGAACUAUAUAUAUUGCCAGCUAAUCGAUCCUGUUUUUGAUCUGUCGAUAGACUUGUUAUAAAUUAAUUGUCAUACAACUUAGCUCAAUGACUAAUUACAAAUGUAUGCACUAGUUUUUAGGUCAAACCUCUUUGUUUGAUAGCUAGUGAUACUGCCUGACUGCUCAAUCAGGGGCAGAUGAAGUAAGGUUUUGAAUCAGUGAUCGUAUGGCUGAGAAUUAUAUAUCUUUUAACACUAAAUCACGGCUAACUUAUCAGUUAUACCAUUGAGUUUUAGAUUUUUUAAGCGACAUCAGCAUUUUCCUCAUUAUGAGCUACUCUCGAAUUCUGAUUUAAGUAUCCGUAUAUGUAUUUGUAUUUCUUUCUUACCUAUGAAUACUUUUUUUAAUUUUUCCAAAAUAAAGGAAAAUAUAUGUACUUGUACAUAGUGUGAACUAUUAAGAAAUGUUUCCAUAGAUCUGAUUUCAGCCAGUCUGAAAAUGCCUUGCAUUUGUUCAUAUGCUAGCUGUAAUAUUUAUAUUGUCUAUCUCACUCUCUUUCAUCCUGAUGACUACUUCAUUGUAAUAUCAAUAAAUUGCUUCCCAAUCAUAGUUACCAUCUUCAACGAUUAUACUGGUAUAGUAUCACAAUAAUAGAUUUAAUUAGUAUAUCAUAUUGCUGUAUAUAAUCCCAUCAUUUGUAAUGAGAUCUCUUAAUACUAUGAACUUGGUUCUCUAUAUUUGGUUUCACAACACUAGUUUUAAAUAGAUAUAUAUAUAUUUGCUCUUCACUAAAAUCUUUAAAUUAUUUGAAUCAUCUGGUGAGACUAAUUUAUGGACAAUCUUUGAAUGACGCUAAUGUGACCUUGAGAGUGCCCACAUGAUAACUAGGACCAACUGAGGAUUAUAAAUCAGUGUAAAGAAUUCGAAUUAUAAUUUAUAAUUGAUGGUUAGGAGUUAGGAAUUAGAUUUAAGGUUUUCUCAUCACGAACUGACAUCAGUUAUAAUGCCGAAACUCUAUUUAACCAAAUAGAUGAGUGAAUUUCACAUCAAAAUUUGAAACUUGUUAUCUUAUAAUACCUGAUUGAUUCGUCUAUAAAUGAUAGUCUCAUUGAAAUCAUCUUCAUUCAUAAAAGUUUUAGGUUACUAAAAGAAAACAUAAUCUACAAUGUAUACAAAUGGAAAAUUUCAAUCAUUUUUAAUGUUUUCCACAUCAUUUAAUGAAACAUAAUUUUCUUUAAUCAACAACUAAAGUAAUCCCUAUGACUUGAAUAAAAGCUUAGUAAUUAUCAAUCAAUGAAUAACAUAACUAAUAUAACGUGAUCUAAUGAUAACUUAUCAUAAGACUAAACUUAUUGAUUAGUGUAUUUCUAUUAUGUAUCUAUACUUAUAAUGAACAAAUGAAACGGUUAAUCUGAUUGAUUAUCGAUUAAAGAGUGUUAAUAAUAAUAAUAGGUAAUUUUCCCCGAAAAUAAAUUAAUUCCAGAAUUAAAAUGAAGCAAAAAGGCCAUUGAAUAGUUUGAUAGGAAAUCACGUACUCAUUGUCAUCAGUGGAAUGUUAUUAGUUUAUUAUUAUCAUUAUCAUUACUGUUAUUAUAACCAUUAUUAUUAUUUCCAUUACUAUUAUCAUUACUACUACUAUUAUUAUUACCAUUGUUAUUAUUAUUAUCAUUAUCAUUACUAUCAUUAUUGCUAUUACUAUUAUUACUAUUGCCCCCAAAUGCCCUGGUAUGGCCGAGAGUGGAGUGGGCCCGCCCUCCCUCUCGAAAUGCUCUCACAUGGCCACGCGUAUACAGGCUCUACCAGGGAAGUCCUACUCACUGCCUUCUCACAAAGGGGGGUGCUUUUUACGAAAUUGAGAGGAUGAAAAGCGAAUGUCCGGCACUUUAACCGGAUCCCAAACCAAUGGUGCAUAUGGGCUCCAGUAUCCUGCGGGGACAAAUGGCGUAUGAACCAAUUGUUGGUCACCGGCUACCAUGGGACUGCAUCUUCUCACGAUGUUCCACUGCCUUGUGGAUCAGACCUUUAGGUCAAUGGCUCAGGGUGUGGCUCCCUAGGAAAACCACCUGCUUCGGUCUGAGCACCCGAGUAGUAGUAUCACAGCCCUCACACAAAUCGAAUGAUUUAUGUGGCGCAUAUCUACUUGGUGCCUCCUUGUAUCAAUAUUUAUGUGUUUAAAUAAAAUAAUAAAUAAUUAUUACCACUAAUAUCAUUAUCACUAUUGUUAUUAGUACCAUUACUAUUACCUUUACUAUCAUUUUCACUAUUAUUAUUAUUACUAUUGCUACUAUUAUUGUUAUCAUUAUUAUUAUUAUCAUAUUUAUUGCCGUUAUUGUUAUCAUUACGAUUAUUAUUGAUACUAUUAUCAUAGCUGUUAUUACUCUAACUAUCCCUAUCACUACUGUUACUCUGAUUUUUAUUACUAUCACUAUCAUUACUACCACUAUUAUUAUUACCAUUCUUAUUACUAUCAUUAUUGUUACUAUUAAUUUUCCCAUUAUUAUUAUUAUUAUCAUUGAAUAAAACAGCACAUGUUAGUGGUGUUUUUCUUCAUCUCUCAAAUUGGUCAUCUUUAAUGUGUUUUCUAUGUUGUUUUUUUAUUGAUUAUAGAAGACCAGAUAUGAUAUAUGUCACACACUUAAAUAAAAUAAGUUAGUUACCUUGAAUUUACAUUUAUACUAUUACAAAUUUGUAAUUUGUAUAAAUGUUACUUAUUUUUCUUACUUUAAUAGAUGUGAUCAUGUAAUUCAUUCAUUAUCAGAAGGAGUUUGUGGAGAUUUUAGAAAUUUCACAGAUUGAAAUCAUGGGUCAAUUGAAGCUAGACCACCAUGGAAAACCUGGAUCGUGGAUGCGCACUUCUGAGGAGUCCCAUACUAGGACGAAACGGCCGUCCAGUGCUUCCAGGUUUUCCAUGGUGGUCUAGCUUAAAUUGACUCACGAUUUCAAUUCAUUCAAUUUAACUAUUCAUCUAACAGUUUUAUUUUAAUAUGCCUAAUACAAAUUGUAUUUUAACUUAUAUUUUAGUAUGAUGAUCACCUCUAAUGAAGAUGAUACUAAACGAGAGAAAUUAGUUGAACGAGUUCGUACAUCAGUUAUAGUAUUUUGGAUUUUAUCUAUUAUAUUUUUAAUAAUAGGUAUAACAGUACUGUCUAUGUAUCAUAAUUUAAAUGAGUAAGUUUGUAUUUUCUAUACUUUUAUUAUUAUGAUGACUGGUUAUUAUCAUUAUCAUAUUAUACAAUGUGUAUUCCUUUAGUAUAUAGAUCAUUUAGAUGCUUGAAUAUGAGUAUAUCUAAUAGAAUAUAUGAAUUAUGGCUAAUAUUGGAAUCCAGGUUUCAUGUUUCUUUUUAUAUUUGGGACUCAUUAGCUAGCUAUAGAUCUGUAUUGAAAUGUUAAUGUUCACUUGUAAUAAGAUGGCUAUCCCCAUAAAAUGGACAUAUACCACUAAUGAGAGCGUAUACAACCACUGUCAGGGAAGUUCUAAUCACUGCCUUCUCGCACUAUGAGUGUUAUUUACGAAAUUGAGAAGACGAAAAGCGAAUGUCCGGCAGAGGCUUUAACCAAGUUGUUGGACACGGAGAGUCCACCUAGAGGAGUUGGAAAAUCCUGAUUCCAAACCAAUGGUUUACAUAGGUUCCAGGAUCCUGGAGGAAUAAAUGGCAUAUAAACCAAUUAUUGGUCACCGGUUACCAUGGGACUACAUCUCCUUAGGUUGCUCCACUGUCUUAUGGAUCAGGCCUUUAAGUCGAAGACUCCGGUUAUGGUCCCCUAAGAAAAUCACCUGCUUCGGUUUGGUCACACGGGCAGUAUCCAAGUCCUCACACAAAUCGAAUGAUUUAUGUGGUGCAUAUCUAUUUGAUGUCUCCUUGUACCAAUGUUUAUGUGUUUUAAAAAAGAAAUAAAUAAAACAAUCUAAUUCUUUGACCCAGAGGUAUAGUCCACUAAACAAUGGAUCAACAUUAGGAAAUGCGGUCUAGUGGUAGCUGGUAAUCAGGGAUGAGUUCAUACACCAUUUCCCCCUUUAGGAUACUAGAGCCCAUGUGCACUGUUUGUUUGGAAUCAGGGUUUUCCAACUCCCCUCUAAUUGGAUCCUCUGUAUCCACCGGUCUAUCUAAACAUUCUCUUUUCAUCUUCUCCAUUUCGCUAAAAUAACCUCCUCUUCGCGAGAUAACAAUGAGUAGUACUUCUCUGAUAGUGGCUGUAUACAUGUGGCCUAUGUAAGAACACUUUAGGUGGAAGAGCAAACUUUCCGUUCCAUCAGGCAUAAUCACAUAUUUAUUUGAUAAUCAUAUCAUUCUAUCUUCAACUUAUACUCUACUCUAUUUAAUUGUUUAUAGUAAAACUAAUAUUGUUAAUUCUAACACAGAAUUGAACUCAAAGCUUUAAUACUUUAACCUUAUACUUUUAAUUAAUGUAUUUGGUUUGUUUAAAUAUUGUAGUUUUUUUCCAAAACUUUCUUUGUUUAGAAUCUCAUAAUGUUUUUAUGGGUGGGUUCAAGGGAUGUUUUUGUUUUUGUUGAUGUCAGUAUUAGAAAUGAGUAAAAUCUAAUUACAAUCUCUAACUGAUCUACAUUAACUUUGUAAUACACCAUUGUGUUUGUUUGUUUGUUUUUAACUAAUCAGUCUGCAAAAUAAAACAAACAGAAGAGACAUUUGAAAUUCUACUCAUCUAAUUUUAAGCUAAUUAAUUAAUGGUUAAAUGCUCACGCGCGAAGCCGGUAGGUCCUGGGUUCGAAUCCCGCGGGGCGCGGGAUCGUGGAUGCGCACUGCUGAGGAGUCCCAUUCUAGGACGAAACGGCCGUCCAGUGCUUCCAGGUUUCAAUGGUGGUCUAGCUUCAACUGACUCAUGAUUUCAAUCGGUGAAAAUUAUUUUAAUAGUUGAGAUGAUGAGUCAAUUAAAGUUAGACCAUUAUUGAAAAACCUGAAAGCAUUGGACGGUUGUUUGAUUCCAUUGUGAGAGACUCCUCAACAGUAUGCAUCCAUGAUGAUGAUUAUAUUAUGCAUGAUGAUAUGAUUGUUUAUAGGAUUUUGUUUUCUAUACGUGUGUGUAUUUGUGCAAAAUUAGUAUUGAUUUUAAGAAUGAAUAAGUUGAUCCAUGUUAAUCUAUUAUAUCCAAUUGUAUUUGUCUCUAUCAAUUGAACAGAGAAUAAGUCGUUGACUAUUUAUAAUGUAGAUAAAAGGUGGAAUACGGGACGCGUAUUUUAUCCUGUUUUGGACUUGUCAUCUAGAUGUACCUGCAUCCUAGAGUUAAUGUUCACUUUAGGACUCUAAUCUGACACCGUUCACUUCAAACGCCAUCUUUUUAUCCACAAGUGGGGAAAAUCGAAUGUAUUUGAACACACAAUUACAUAAUUUUUUAGUAAAAUCUUAGAACCAUAUAGUAGAUACUUCAUUUGCAAAAUGUCAAUCAGUUGUAUCAGACUUAACUGUUUCUUCAUUUUCACACUAAUCACUCUGUUCUCGUUCUCUUUUCUUUGAUCUUCCUAACAUUAUGACGCUAAGAAUUUCACUUUCGAUUAAUAACACAUACUACUUAUAUAUAUAUCGACAUCAGUAGCACACACCACACAUCCAACUGACAAGUCCCAUAUAAGGUGGAACGUACUAUCUGGAUCCCAUUGCUGGCCAUAUUCCAUCUAUUCUACAACGAUAGAAAGACUGCUGAGUUGCUUUAUAUGUAAUAGCCCAUUCAGAGAGUUGUAAUCAGUCACCAAAUUCUAAGCAAACUUACGACUAUUACAAUGUGAAAAAAUUUGGACUGCGACUGAACUGAUAUAGGAUUAAGAUUUAUUUACAAUUGAGUGAUGAUAUGGGAUUUAAUUCUCCAGGAAACAUCAGUUCCCUCAGAGUUACUGGCAAACUUUACUGAUGGGUACCAGAAUGACACGAAACCUCGGUCUAAUGUUUCCUGUUGACUACCUCCAAAUACUACCUCACAUUUCCUUAUUGUGCAUGCGAUGUCAGGUUACUGAAACUUGAUCGAUAGAACUUUAUUGACACUAAGGAAGAUUUGAAAUUCAUGACAUUGAUCACUAUUCAAUGAUCAAUCAAUUGUAUAUAGAAGUUAUAUUUAAACUUUUAGAAAAAGAAAAAAAUCUAAAACAGUUAACCUCAAUAGCACAAUAACUUUCUUUGAUUGCCUAAACUUAUAUUGAUUCAAUGAACAAAUAAUUAAACAGCAAGAAAUAUUGAAUUCUUUGUUAAUUUUCAACAUACUACUGUGGUGCAUGCUACAUAUGUUGACAGACAUACGUAGUAUGUAACAACAAUCAGAAGAAAAAUGCAUAGCAGCGAAAGGCUAUGAAGGUCGGCUUAAAGAAAAUAAACGGAAAUAGAAAGGAAUCAUCAUUUGGAAGAAUCAUACGGAAUAUGAAGAACAAAUGAUGAGAACACUCAAAUGAAGUGUUCAGUAUAUGGUUCUCAUAUUUUGCCAAGAGAUUCUGUAAUUACAUAUUUAGAACAACACAUGUAAGCGUCAUCAGGCUUUACUCUAAUAUACAUGAAUAUUUGUAUAAAAAUAUUAAACCAAUCAAGGUUAUUUAGGUCAAUUGUCAGUGGUUAAGACAUUCGACUUCCAACCACAAGGUUCUGUGUCUGAAUCUCCAUUCACCUACUUUGGUUUGAGCACAUUGGUACUAUUGUGGUGUGUGCUACUAAUAUCGAUAUAUAUAAGUAGUAUAUAUCACUAAUGAAAAGUGAAAUAUCUGGUGAUAAAAGGUUAAGAAGAUUGAAGAGAAACGAACGAGAGUAAAUGGUGUGUAAAUUAAAGAACUAUCAAGUCUAAGACAAUUGACUGACAUUUUCCUGUAUGGUUCUCAGAUUUUACAAACAUACUCUGCAAUGUUAUGUUCAUAUACAUUUUGAUUGUUCCCACUAUUGUUCUCGUUCAUUACAGUAUUAUCGAUUUAUUCAUAACGUUAGAUGAUCAGUGUUUCUGUUAUUGUGACUUAUUAAAUAGAAGAUUGAUUGAUUUUAUUUUUGUAAAUUUCUUAUUUAGUUCAUCUCAAUACGCUGGUACUAUCGCUGGAACAUUUUUCUUAGUUUUUAGUAUACCAUUAAUUAUAUGCAGUGGUUUUUUAACUAGUGCAUUAUUAAUUAUACAAGAAUCGAUUCAAGAUGAACGGGAUUAUCGAUGUCGUGAUCCAGAAUUUUAUAAAGAUAUUCCAUAUCCACGUCAACCAUUUAAACCAGUACCGACAACAUCGUCAUUGCCUACUCCAUAUCCUUCUGCACCUAUUCCACGAUUUGAAAAUAUUCCAAAACCUUCUCUAUCACCAAUUCCAUAUAGAAUUCCAAGUCCUCCAAGUUAUCAUUCAGCAGUUACAUUGACUAGUUGAUCAAGUGCUUAUGAUGAAUUAACAAAUUAAAGUUAAACAAUGAUACAUUUUUCCUUAGAAAAAACAACAAUACCGUAAUCAUCAAGAAAAAAAGAAUGAAGGGGCGCGCGUGUGCACACACGCACGCACGCAUGAAGAGUUUUCAUCCCAUCAAUUGACAAUUUAACAAGAAACAAAUUAUUUUCUGAACAAAAUUUGUAUAUUUAUUUGCAUGUACAAUGUAUUUUGUAACUAACCUUAAAUGAUAUACUUACCAAUAUAUAUUUAUAUACUG